AUGUCGGACAAGGUUCAGAUGGCUCAGCAUGAGCAGCCCAUUGAGAAGCGUGGCAAGCGCAAGUCGUGCAUGCGACACUGCGCCAAGUUCUGGUGGAUUUACCUCCUGGCCUUCAUCGCCAUUGUUGUCCUCGCCGUCUGCUUGAUCAUCUUCGUGGCCAUUCCCAAGAUCGCCCAGAGCAAGCUGGACCACGCUGAGCUCACUGUUGAUGGCAUCAUUGUCACCAAGACCGAGGAGGACAAGUUCAACAUGGCCAUCAACUCGACCAUCCGCUCCAAGGGCGGUGUCAAGGCCAAGAUCGCCCCCUUCGCCGCCGUCAUGUACCUCGAGGACAUUGAGUCGCACAUCCCCUUUGUCCACCUCGAUUUCCCCGAGACCGAGUCCGUCAAGAUCCAGACCGUCAACACCACCCAGGAGGUCACGAUUCCCGACAUGGAUGCCUUCACCACCUUCAACACCUGGCUGCUCGGCAACGAGACCCUCCGCGUCACCGUUGAGGGCAAGACCCACGUCAAGGUCAACGGCAUCUCCAGGAAGUACGGCGUCACCUUCAAGAAGACCAUGGAGCUCACUGGCCUGAACCACUUCAAGGGUCUUGCCGUCACCUCGAACCGCGUCAACAUUACCCACGACGACAACGGCGACAACUUCUUCGGCUGGGUUGACGUUCCUAACCCCUCCGUCUUCACCAUUGAGAUUGGCAACGCCUCCUUCCACACCUACUACAACUCCAUGCGCGCCAACAUCAGCACCGCCCCCGUCGUCCGCGCCAUGAGCUCCGAGCCUUCGUGCGACACCGGUAUCGUCGACUUCCAGCUUGGUGGCCGUGACGUUUUCAACAACGGCGAGGACCUUGCCUACUUUGGCAACGCUCUCAGCGCCUCCAACCUCACCGUCCCCAUUGAGUUGGCGACGGCCUUUGAGAGGGACGUUGGUCUCACCUUUGAGUGCUAA